CGUCUUCAGUAAUGCCUUGUCCGUCGUGAGCUCGGGUCCGUUCGCUCUCGCCGGUUUUCUUUUGUUUUUUCUUUCCGCGAGUUGUUCUUCUGAAAAGGAUUACGGCCGGGGAGGAAUUUUAUUUGCGAGAUGCACGCUUUCGGAAGGUGUCUCUUGGCCGGCACGGCUCUCCUCGUCAUCACCAACCUCUGCUCGGCGCAUCUGGACCUAUACCUCAACCUGCAAGAAGUCAAGAGAUUACUAGGCCUGCCCGCCGAGCUUUACUACGUCAGGAAUGGAAUAUUGAACGAGUACGCGCUGAACUUCGUCGUACCAGUACCGGCCUCUCUCAACGAGCUGACGUUCACCUGGAAAAGCCUCGCUGGAAAACCGCUUCCAUACAGCAUAGUUGUGGAGUCAUCCGACCCGGAGGCGAUGCGACCUGCCCAGCUUAAUAUUUCAUCACAAGGGAAUGUACCGACAACUAAUCAGACUUUUGCAAUUCGGCUUCCUUGUUCUGGCGUCACCGAAGCAGAGGUUGACGUCGUAAUUACUGUCAACAUUACUCUUAACAGGGCAACAAAUAACAUCACACACCUCAGCUUCAAGAGAAGGAAGAUUUGCCUCAGAGGUACACCAUCGCCUCAUAUCAAAAGUAAUUCAGCCUUUGGACCUGGAUUUGGAGUUAGACAAGAUGCAGUGCAUUCAGGGUCUGGUGAUGAUGCAUCUGCUGCGGUUUAUGUCGCGAUAAGUUCCGCUUGUGCUUUAGCCACACUUCUGGCCAUUGCUCUAUUGGCAUGCUACCUGCGUACAAAUAAAAGCAGCCUGCACAACUCAAAUUUGAUCAGGGAAUCAAGAUUGGGGUCAAGCAGCAGUGGUGGUCCGUUUCUGGCUCCUGCUCCUGUCAUGAGCUGUGGAUCUUCAAGUGGCUCUUGUGCAAGUUCAAGACACCGAACAACGGCGAAUUUCGCACCGACAAACCCGGUUGAUCUACAUCACAGAAUUGCCCAACUCACAAUCCAGAGGUGUCGCGUCAGAUUGAAGAGCAUCGUUCUUGAAGGAACAUUUGGAAAAGUCUACAGGGGAUCGUACACAGAGGAAGACGGAAUUGAAGAAGAAGUCCUUGUUAAAACUGUUACUGACCAAGCAUCGACUAUACAAGUAUCUCUCUUGCUUCAAGAAGGCAUGACGAUGUAUGGCCUGAGCCACAAGAACAUCCUUUCGAUUCUCGGAGUUUCAAUUGAAGACCAUACAGCUCCUUUUCUCAUUUACCCCCACCAGGGUUAUACAAAUCUUAAAAGGUUCUUACAAAAGUGCAAACUUUGCCCGGAAGGAGUGGCCCACACUUUGACAACUCAGGAAGUCGUCGAUAUGGCUUUACAAAUAAUCAGCGGGAUGCAGUAUCUACAUAAAAAGAGGCUACUUCAUAAAGAUCUUGCCACGCGUAACUGUGUUAUCGAUGACAAAUUGAGAGUUCAAAUAGCUGAUAAUGCUCUUUCUCGAGAUCUCUUCCCUGCUGAUUAUCACUGCCUUGGUGACAAUGAAAACAGGCCUGUUAAGUGGCUUGCUAUUGAGAGCAUUACGCAGAAAACGUUUUCAACAUCUUCAGACGUUUGGAUGUUCGGUGUCGUCCUCUGGGAGUUAACAACACUUGCCCAACAGCCAUAUGUAGAAAUUGAUCCGUUCGAAAUCACCGCAUAUUUACGAGAUGGAUACAGAUUAGCGCAGCCCAUUAAUUGCCCAGAUGAACUGUUCGCUGUGAUGGCAUAUUGCUGGGCGAUGUUACCAGAAGACAGACCAACUUUUCCUCAACUCCAAGUCUGUCUUCAAGAAUUUUACACACAAUUGACUAGAUAUGUUUAAAAAAAAUAUAUAUGUAUAAAUAAAAACCACAUAGUAUUUGUAUAAAGUUAAAUUGAUAUUAGUGUGUGACAAUAUGUUGAUCUAUAUGUUGUGAAUAGUUUAUUAAAGAUUAGCGUUUGUGUUGUGUAUAAUGUAGAUAUUCAGAUUUUGAGACUGAUUGCCUGUUUUGCCUUAACGAGAGAGAGAAAAAAUUAUUCACACAAGACAAAUGUCCUAAAGGCAAUUUCAAGCCAUUACGUAUUUCAUUUCGCCAUAAAUGUAUUGUAUCAUACUGCUUUUUAUUUAUUUUUACUUUCAAUAUUUGUACAUAAUUUAUGUAAUUUUUUUGUACAGAAUACUGAUGAAAAUUCCUAUACUAAUUAUACAUUUAUACGAUCUCAGUGAUGUAAAUUUUUGUAAAUGUGUAAAGUUAUUUUUAUACAUGUAUAACCAGUGAUUCUUUUUAAUGUGGUUCAUUAAAUUAAUGUUUGAUUCA